CGGGGCCGGGGCCGGCCACGAUGCCCCGGCGGAAGCAGAGUCACCCGCAGCCGGUGAAGGCGGACGCCGAGGACGGCCCCGAGGAGACGGCGGGAGCGGCGCUGGUGCUGCCCGGCGACCUGCUGCUGGGCCGCGGCCUGGCCUUCGAGAAGGGACCGCCAGCAGACACUCUGGUGGGGAAGAUCGCCAUCCCGGCGUACGCCCUGAGCGACGACGACUGCUCCUCCAGCUACCAGCAACUGAGUGUGGAGAGUGACCCCGAGGAGGGUGGAGAGCCCGGCCCCGCCGCCCUUCCCUGUCCCCAGUGUGGGCUGCAGCUGUCCGCCAGCCUGGGACAGAGCUGCCUGCAGUGCUCUGGCGCCGAGGGUGGCCGUGGCCAGCGCAUCGUCUACUCCUGCCAGCUCUGCCCCUUUGCCUCCCACUACUCCAGCCACCUCAAGCGCCACAUGAAGACCCACAACGGGGAGAAGCCCUUUGCCUGCCCACAGUGCGCCUACGCCUCUGCCCAGCUGGUGAACCUGACCCGGCACCUGCGCACACACACCGGGGAGAAGCCGUACCGCUGUACUGGCUGCAGCUUUGCCUGCAGCAGCCUGGGCAACCUCAAACGCCAUGAGCGGGUCCACAGCCAGGACAAGCCCUUCCAGUGCGCUGCCUGUGACUACCGCUGCAAUCAGAGCCGCAACCUGAAGCGGCACAUGCUCAGCCACCGCCUGCCUGAGGGUGAGGGGCCGCACCGGCGGGACAAGGACCCAGAGCCGCUGCUGCCCUGAGCUGAGCCUGCACGUGGGCAGCGGCCCCAGCCCCUUCCGCCCGGCUGCGCCCGGCUGCGGGGUGAGGAGGCGGCCGCCCUGCCUGAGCUGCUCUUCCCCUUCACCUGCGCAUGUGCGGGGCUGGUGCUGGACGACGGCUUCGCGCAGGACGAAGGUCUGGCUGAGCAGGUCUGCGGGCGCUGCAGCAUGGCGGUGCUGGGCACCGAGCCUGGCGCCAGCCCCCGCAAGGGCACCGGGGACAAAGGCUUCGCCUGCAGCCUCUGCCCCUUUGUCACCCACUACCCCAACCACUUGGCGCGGCACAUGAAGACGCACAGCGGGGAGAAGCCCUUCGUCUGCUCACUCUGCCCCUAUGCCUCUGCCCACCUUGACAACCUGAAGCGGCACCAGCGGGUGCACACGGGCGAGAAGCCCUACAAGUGCCAGCUCUGCGACUACGCCUGCGGCAACCUGGCCAACCUCAAGCGCCAUGGGCGCAUCCACUCGGGUGACAAGCCCUUCCAGUGCAGCCUCUGCAGCUACAGCUGCAACCAGAGCAUGAACCUGAAGCGGCACAUGCUGCGGCACACAGGCGAGAAACCUUUCCAAUGCCGGAACUGCACCUACACCACCGGCCACUGGGACAACUACAAGCGUCACCAGAAGAUCCACAGCCACCGCAAUGCCAAAGCCCUCCUGGCCCCUCCAGCCGUGGGCACGGCCCUGCCCUAAGACAGCACUUAAGACUGGCACUGGUGGAGCCCAGCCCCAUGCUGGGCUGGGGGUGUCUCGGCCCUAGGGCACCCCCAACACAGCCCCUGCCCUCCCUGGGGGAGGGACAGGCAGCAGACUCCACAGGGUGGCAGGCUUGGGGCUUCUUUGCGCAGGGCCCGCCAGGGUCUCCAGCAGCUCAGUCCUGCUGGAGCAGAGCGAAGGCAGGACUGGUGGCUCGGGUGCCAGCACUGGUGGUGCUGUUCCUGCCUGCCAGAGCCUUGCUCUGCCGGAGUUUGGGGAAAAACAGGGGGGGAAACAGGACUGGUUCUAUGGCUGUUGCCAUGCCAGUCAGUGUAAUUUAUAUUGUGUAUAAAAGCAUUAAACAGUCGGUUUUGUUAUCUGC